CACCAUGAGUCUGGAGGCGAUCCGGUACUCGCGGGGCUCGCUGCAGAUCCUCGACCAGCUGCUGCUGCCCCAGCAGAGCCGCUACGAGGCAGUGAGCUCGGUGCGCCAGGCCUGGGAAGCCAUCCGCGCCAUGAAGGUGCGCGGGGCUCCGGCCAUCGCCCUCGUAGGCUGCCUCAGCCUCGGCGUGGAGCUGCAGGCGGGCGCCGGGGGUCCCGGGCUCGCCGCUCUCGUGGCCUUCGUGCGUGACUCACUGGGCUUCCUCGUCACCGCCCGGCCCACCGCGGUCAACAUGGCCUGCGCCGCCCGCGACCUGGCUAAGGUUGCGGCCCAAGAGGCCGAGCGAGAGGGCGCCACGGAGGAGACGGUCCGGGAGAGGGUGAUCCGCUACGCUGAGGACAUGCUGGAGAAAGACCUCAGGGACAAUCGGAGCAUCGGGGACCUGGGAGCCCGCCACCUUCUGGAGCGAGCAGCCCCUGAGGGCGGCAAGGUGACCGUGCUGACCCAUUGUAACACUGGUGCCCUGGCCACUGCUGGCUACGGCACAGCUCUGGGGGUGAUCCGCUCGCUGCACCACCUGGGUCGUCUGGAGCACGCCUACUGCACAGAGACCCGGCCCUACAACCAGGGAGCCCGGCUGACAGCUUUCGAGCUGGUGUACGAGCAGAUCCCCGCCACCCUCAUCAGUGACAGCAUGGCCGCUGCUGCCAUGGCCCACAGGGGCGUGUCAGCUGUUGUCGUGGGAGCUGACCGUGUGGUUGCCAAUGGUGACACAGCCAACAAGGUUGGCACCUACCAGCUGGCCAUCACUGCCUUGUACCACAGCAUCCCCUUCUACGUGGCUGCCCCCAGCUCCUCAUGUGACCUACACCUGGAGACGGGCCAGGAGAUUGUCAUCGAGGAGCGGCCAGGCCAGGAGCUGACUGAUGUCAAUGGGGUCAGGAUUGCAGCACCUGGGAUUGGGGUCUGGAAUCCUGCCUUCGACGUUACCCCACACAACCUCAUCACUGGCGGCAUCAUCACAGAGCUGGGCGUCUUUGCCCCUGAGGAGCUCCGGGCAGCCCUAGGCACCACCAUCUCCUGA